AUGAGUGCUGUGCCCUUUGGCGCGGCUAUGACGGAAACCAACUACGAGACUGCUCUGAGCGACUUUAAUGGCACCAAUCUCCACAUGGAAACCGAUGACUUGAGCCCAACAACGAGGCAACUUAACAACUUCGAAUCAAGAAUGUUCAAUCUUGCCUCAUUCACGAAGGAUAUCCCAGCAACGCUAGAGAAAAUUCCGGAAGCGGAGGUGGCCACGUUGAGUAGAAAACGCGACUUGGAUUUUGAUCUCAACAAAGUAAAAUCGACCAGCUCCGCUGCUCUGAAGACUACAGACGGUGUCGAUGUGAUGAAAGAACGUUUGAUUCGCCCCGAUGACUACCAGGUGGAAACAGACAAGCUCUAUAAACGUCUUAAGUUGUUUAAAGACCACGAUAGCUUUUUGGCAGUGACCGUUAUAUAA